UACACAAAUUUGAAGGAAAAAGUUGUAGUUUUUUUGUUAUGACAUUUUUUACUCGAAGAACUGUAGUAGACUUGAAAUAAAUAUGCUUCGAAAGUAUACUGCUGCAGUUCAAAUAUUAUCGAGAUUAUCUCACAAAAAAAAUACUUGUUUUAAAGAACGGAAACAAAUUGCUUCAAAAGCUUCCAAAUCAACGACUAAUGAAAACUCAAAUGAGCCCGUAAAAUUCUUUGGAAGUCGUGCCGCUACUUGGCGUGCCCGUGAUACAAGGAGUGGCGGCUCCGAGGACAUAUUGUGGUUUCAACCUUACGUCAUUUCAGGAAGUUUGGCCGUGUUUUUGUUAUACUUUUGCAUUCUACGUGAAGAGAAUGAUAUUGACAGACGGUUGGAAGGUAAUCUGUUUGAUCAGGUUGCUGGUCUUGAGGAAGUACAGCUCACCAUGAACUAUAAAUAUAACAAGGAAAAUGGUCUGGACACUUCUGAAAUUGAGAAACGUUUAUCUGAACUAGGGAUCGAUAUAAAGCAAUUCGAUUUACAACAAUUACAUAAGCAUUGAAAAGCCGAAUCCAUUUGGUUUCUGCUUACCAAUAUUUAUAUGCAUGAUAUUCGGUACCGUUUACUAAGACCAAUGCUACUUCCUAACAGUUGGGUAGUUCACAAUCAUUUCUAUUUGUUAUAUUAACCAAUUUAAAAACAAUAUACAUUUUAUCAUCAUUUUA